AUGACACAGCCAUCAAAGAAAGUUGCACCAAGUCCUUUUGCCAACAGAAAACCUAAGAAAGUCGGAUCGAAGAAUCCUUUAAUCGAGUCCACUCCCAAGAACUUUGGUAUUGGACAAUCCAUUCAACCAAAGAGAAACUUAUCUAGAUUUGUCAAGUGGCCUGAAUAUGUCAGACUACAGAGACAGAAGAAGGUUUUAUCGCUAAGAUUGAAAGUUCCUCCUGCCAUUGCACAAUUUUCUCAUGUCUUGGACAGAAAUACCGCUGCCGAAGCCUUCAAGUUAUUGAACAAUUACAGACCCGAAACUCGUGGUGAAAAGAAGGAGAGAUUGACAAAAGAAGCUGCUGCCAUUGCAGAAGGUAAAAAAAGAGAAGAUGUCAGUGAAAAGCCUUAUGUUAUCAAGUAUGGCUUGAACCACGUUGUCUCUCUCAUUGAAAACAAGAAGGUUAAAUUGGUUUUAAUCGCCAAUGACGUUGAACCAAUCGAAUUGGUUGUUUAUCUACCUGCCUUAUGUAGAAAGAUGGGUGUUCCAUACGCCAUCGUUAAAGGUAAGGCCAGAUUGGGUACUUUAGUUCACAAAAAAACCUCUACUGUGGCUGCCUUGGUUGAUGUCAAAUCUGGAGAUGAGCCUGAUUUGGCCAAAUUGAUCUCUUCGAUCAACGCCAACUUUAUCGACUCAUUUGACAAUAACAGAAGACACUGGGGUGGAGGUAUUAUGGGUGUUAAGCACAACGCCAAGGAGGCUAAGAAGGUCAAGGCUGCUGCUAUUGAUGCUGAUAUAAAAUAG